AUGGAUAACUUAGAUUCGGAAGAUGAAGAAGAUGGAUUUGAAAUUCAGGGCAGAGAACAAAUACACCAACUAGUUCAGAAUGUAGUUUUCUUUCCAUUUUUACAUCACACGGGUGAAGCAGAUUACAGGCUACUUAGCGGUAAUAGUUUGUUUCACACCGUAGAUCAAACUACAGAGGCAGAGUUAAGGAGAAGUCUAUAUAAUGAAGACAACACACAAAUGGAAGGCCCCAGAAUUGAAGGUAGAGAAGACACUUCGGAUGAAGUUUCUAGUGGUGAAUCUAUAUUAAACUGGCCUUCUUCAUUUGAACAAAAUGAAAAUGUGACAGAAAGUUAUCCAGGAGAAAGUCAGUUUUCAACAACAGACAGUCAGAGUAAUGCAAGCAGUAGCAGUUUCAGUGUAGGGAUGAAUUCCACAAAUCCCGAGGAAGAAUAUGCAUCAUUUGGAAGAUUUCCUGAGGGAGAAGAUACACAAAAUCAUGAGACGGAAGUGGAAAGUCCAUUAUCUGAGUCAACCUUUGCAGGCCCUUCCAGAUCAGAACAUGGUGUAGCUGAAAACUUAACAGACGUCCCACCAAACAGAGGUCAAAGAAGAGCAAGAAGCAGGAGUCCCAACUAUCAAAGGACCAGAGCACGAGUUGAGGAUUACCCACCUGAGACUACAUUGAAUGAACUCUUACUUAGACUUCAUUAUCAUAUAUCACCUGAAAUUUUUGAGCUGCCUGUGGUGAAUGAGUUUGAGACAUUUUCAAGAUUUCGUCAACGUGAGCUAUUGAGAAGACAAAUGGCUAGGUUUGAGUUCCAAAAUAGCCCUCAAUUUGCAGCUUUUGGUCCAAGGAAUGUCUUUCCAACAGAAAUGCCUUCAGACAUAAUGGGUAGUAAUGAAUUUGGACGAUUAAGACCAGAAAGUCCAGACAUACCUUUCCAUCGUGAAGCAAGGAGAGAUCAUCCUGAACAACUUUCACCACGAGAUCACAUAAAUAACAGUGCACAGUUAUUAUCUGAGAUACCAGACAGCACUGUCACUGAGCGAGAACAAGAAUUUGAAAAUAUGCUUCCACAAUCUGAGCACCCAAGAGUGAGAUCUUAUCCUAGUACUGUCAGAUCUCCUGUCCAUAGACAUGUAAAUCAUUAUUUAAAUGAUACACCAUUUGUUAGAGCUCCAAGAACACUGACGGAGUUACUGACAGCAUUUGGUGAGCGGAGUAAUUUUUGGGAUAGUGAUAGUGACUCAGAGUCUAGUGUCUCUCCAAGUCAAAACAUGGCACCAGGACAUUCACAGUUUGAAAGCAGUGAUUCUGAUGACAUUUACAAUGGUGAAACUGAUUCAAAUGGUAGCUUUGGUACAUAUGCGAGUGACCCAGCACCUCACAUUCCAAGCUUCCGCUACCUGUAUAGGCCUUACUCUAGUCUUCCAUUUAACUCCAACUCUAGUACUGAAAAUUCAGAAACUAGUUCAGAGUUGCUUGAAGGCAAUAAUGGAGGAAAUUCAUCAUCAAGUUCAUCAUCAGUGGCCGCACUAGAAAAUCCAUUUAGGAUCCCAGUAACAAUUGAUGAGGGUGAAUCUGUGUCCUUCUAUGAUGUCGUUCAGUUAUUCCUUGUAAAUGAAGAAGAGGAGGUCCAACCUGUAGGACUUAACAAACAGCAGAUUGACAAUUUGACAAUGAGAAUUUCUGGUGAAAAUGAGUCAAAGUCUUGUACCAUUUGCAUUACACAAUUUACAGAAGGUGACACGAUUCGUGUCCUACCUUGCUGUCACGAAUAUCAUGCUGACUGUAUUGAUCGCUGGCUAGCUGACAACGUUACCUGUCCUAUUUGUCGCUAUGAUGUUACAGAUUCUGGUGACAGAGAAAAUUUUAGUUGA